AUGUCUGUAGAUAAUUUAGGAUUUUUGAAUGAAAUCUCUCCUAUGUUUCGACCUUACAUUCAGAGUAUAUUCCAGGAUUUAAAACUAGGUCUCUGCAAAGCCAAGGUAGAUUUGGAAAGAAUCGGCGGUAAUUCAAGUGGAGCUGAGAGUCAGUUCAGAUUGGUGCUACCUUAUUGUUCAAAAAAAUUAAAAUGGGAUGUAAUAUUUGAUACUUCGACGCCAUGGUUCGCACCGGACUUUCGAUUUGAUGAUGACAGUUUCUUGAGCAGUGCAAAUGAAGAUUAUUUAACAAAAAGUGUUCCUAGUUUGACUAAUUGGGAUGCAAAUAAUCCAAAAUCACUUGGUGAUGUGUUAUCAGAAUUGAUUACAUUGUAUAAAAUACAUCAGGUCCGAAAGCUCCACGAAGAUGCAAACUCUCGAGCAUCUUUCGAAUACAGUGCCUUGAUGGGGAAUGCUCUUACAACAGAGAAAGAUGUAGAAGUGUGGGUUGGUGGACACAUUGUUGAAUUUCUUAUUAAACUUAAAGUAGAUGUAUUACGAUUACCAGAAUUAUAUAAUGAUGGGACUGAACAAAAUCCAGGCAUAGAUACAGCUCUGCUACUUGUUAGAUAUCCAAAUUCAACAAAUGCAGAAUUAAUUUUGUCACCAUUUCUCACUAAAGUUCUUGGAAAAAUCACUUUACCAAUGAUGCACCACUCAGGGGUACUAAUGGAUUAUGUUCCACUAGUUACAGAGAUUUUAAACAAUAAAAUAUAUCAUCUUCUUAAUAAUGACAAGCUGAAAAGAGAUCUACUAGCUCAGCUAAUUGUAAAAUUUGAAGGUGCAAUAUUGGAACAUGAUGCAAGUAGUGCUGCCCUCUUGUUACAAAUGAAUGAUUUUCAUUGGAUACUGCAAAUUGAUAUUGGUAUUAAAUUCCCAGAAAAACCACCGGUCUUAACACUCAGAUCUGUAUAUUACUCUUCAAAAGGAAAACCUAAGUUUAAAGUGCUUCCCAAUUGUCCAUACACCAAUUUUGAAGGAUACAUAAUGCAACAGGUAGAAAUAUUUAAAAAUGAAUGCAUCGGAAUAACUCAGAAUCAACAAAUAAUAAGCAUUGACAACUGA